AUGCCGUUCCGUGUAGACCCUGGAACCGGGUGGAUAUACACCACAAAAAGACUGGAUCGAGAAGAGAAAGAUAGGUACUUGCUGCAUUAUAUGGCAAGCGCAGGUAAGGAUGGACUCGGACCCUGGUUUGCGAGGUUGGGAUAGAAGCCUUUAAUUGAAAAGUCAGGUUUUCCUUUUUGAAGAUCGAUUAAACAGCCAAAAUAUUUUGGAAACAAACCAGUAAUUCUGGUUGUUUAGACACAAACAGGAGCUUAUUUGAAUGACAGAUAUACUAGUCAACCUUUUUGAUUGCACGUUUUGAGGACAUACGUGCACCUGCUGCAAAUGGUCAGAAUUUUACGUUAGGAUAAGACUUGUCUUGAAUAAGGACGUCAACUCGUAUGUCCUGAGAGAACAUUUUCAAUAAAGUUGUACAAGCACAAUACUGUACAUUCAAUUUAAAACUUUAGGCAACUCAAUAUUUUACCUUAAUGUGUUGUGAAGAAUCACUUAACAAUAAUUAUCUCAAUAAUUAUCUCGCUGUAUCUAUUUCUAGACCUAGGUCGGACGUCUCUGGCAACGAUGGUAAAUGUAACAAUCCGACUGGGAGAUGAGAACGACAAUAGACCAACUUUCUCUCAAUCUUACUACUCGACCGUGGUGACGUCACACGAACUGGGAAUGAGUGUUCUAACUGUUCAAGCGAUAGAUAAAGAUGAUGGAGAGAAUGGGAGAGUUACGUAUGGAAUAGUCAAGGGACAAGAUAAACAUUACUUCACCAUUCAUAGCAGGUUAGAUUGAAAAUAAAUGAGCAAAACCAGCUCUAUUCAUACUCGAUAAUCAGGCGUGCGAGCAUGGUACCUUUCGAGUUAGUGCAUGCACAUUUUAAAAUCUUAUUAAAAUCUUGACAUUUUAAUAGUACUUAAUCAUACCAAAAUCCGUUAUGGUCAUGAGCAGAUAAAACCAGUUUCCGGAUGGACUAAAAUGGAUGUAAGAAAAGCUUCGAGUAAAAAUAAAAAAUUAGUUCUUUAUCUAGAAGAAUAAAUAAAUAAGACAAACAAUACUGAAAAAAUCUUAACCAUAUUUUUUCCAUUCACUUUAAGGACUGGUGAACUUAAAACUAGAGAGCAUUUACCUGCAACAUCCUUGCUGGCACUGAAGAUCUACAUUUCAGCCAACGACCAUGGAACUCCAUUAUUAUUUUCCUCGAAACCCGUUCCUGUGUUCGUCUUCAUUGGCUCGACAUUUCCCAUCACUGUGGAAACGGUGAAACGAACUACAUCAACAAUCAAAUUGAGGUUUACCAUGAUUAAUGUCAGUUUGGCAGAUAUCAGUCAUAUUGGAGUCGUUAUGCAGGGAGUUGAAAACAUAACCGACUGUAAGUACAGCGACGAAAUCGCUUGGCGUAAGAACUACAACGUCUGUGUGCUAGCAGGCUAGCAACCCACCUGCUGACACCUCAUUUCGCUCGGUGAGUUCGGGAAACUUUCCUCCAGCCACCCACGGUGCGUCCAAUCCCGGACUCACCUCCCUGCAAGUAUGUUUGUUAUAGAACCCCUAUUAAGCGAACACCUUCGGGACCUCGCCAAUGUGUCCACUUUAAAAGGAAGUGCUCAAGAGAGGUGUCCGUUAAUAUGGGUUCGACUACAGAUAGGUUUACUAAACACUAAGCAGACGAUUAGUACUAUGCCCCAAAAUAAACCUAUAUACCUUACAUUGGCAUCAUCUUAGUAUAUAUACAUGAAGUUGCGGUUAGAGCCCGACAACUGGUCUCUGUAGCUCAGUUGGUUAGAGCUUGACAACUGACCUCUGUAGCUCAGUUGGUUAGAGCUUGACAACUGGUCUCUGUAGCUCAGUUGGUUAGAGCUUGACAACUGGUCUCUGUAGCUCAGUUGGUUAGAGCUCGACAACUGGCCUCUGUAGCUCAGUUGGUUAGAGCUCGACAACUGGUCUCUGUAGUUCAGUUGGUUAGAGCGCUGCACCGGAAUCGCAGAGCCGCAGAUUCGAUUCCUGUCAAGGACCUAAAGUUGUAUUUUUCGCUUGGGUCCCUGGUUAGGUUUAAUAAAUGUAUAUAAAUUUACUCUCGAAAUUUUUCAACUUUAGUUGUGCAGGACUAGCAGGGUAACAUUAGCCAGGCUAUGUUAAGUCGACCAGAAUGUUUUUAGGAUGUGCUGUUCGUGUACAUUAUAUUCUGUAUUUGGUCUUGUAGAUUUUUACACACGUUUAAAUUUGGAUGUGAUGGCCAAGCCUUAUACCUUCACUCGCCGACAGAACUUCAACUCCUGUCAAUAUUCACGAAAACAGGGUAAGAUUCUAAGUUGUAGGAUAUUGUCUAGGAAUGUUCGGUAUGAGAAAUUUCCGGUAUCGGUCUACCGAAAAAAUUAUACCGAUAUUAUCGGUAUACCGGUUUUCCUGAAGGAAAUUUUGAGUAAUUCUAAAAGGGAAAACGAUCAUUUCGAAGCUGUUUCGAACGACACGUACUCAGUGUAAAAUCUCACUCAAGUGGAAAUUCUAAAUCAUUGCAGUAGAAAGUUAUUUUUAUUGCCAUUGCCGUUUAUAGUUUCGCCAUAUAGUUGGUAAAUUUAAAGGCCUGAUUCCACGUGGCGGAAUUUUUCGACCGAAACGAAAUUCCUCUUUGUCUUUUUACAAUUAGUUCUGCUUGAGAGCUCAUGAAACAAAGAGAAAUUUCGAUUCGGUCGAAAAAUUUCGCCUAGUGGAAAACCGCCUUAACACGGCAUACCGAAAAAUUUCGGUAUAUCGGAAAUUUCGGUAUAUCGGUAUGGUUGAAUAUCCGGUAUCGAUAUACCGAUAUUGGUUUAAUGCCGAUAUUUUCUGUAUAUCGGUAUACCGAACAGUCCUAAUAUUGUCAAGGUAGUAUAGCAUGCAGAAUGUGAGUUUCGUGGCAAAAUUGUGCAUUUGAUGUAGCGUUUAAAACAUGAGCAGCAUUGUUUUGUCAGAUAUAAACUGAUUGAUACUCAGGUUAUAUAAAACUGCUCUAAAAUGACCGAGUAACAAUCCAAAAUUGUUUGAAAUGUUUUUAAUCAUUUCUAAAUUUCAGACAGCGACCGGAAACGAAGUUUAGGACCAAUAUUGUUCGCUUAAGCCUGCCGCACACGAGAGCUAUCUGCUGAGCCAAAAGUUACUCGUGCCUGUUAGCUCAGCCGAUAGCUCAGCGAUCAAACAUGUUUGAUACGUGAGAAAAGGUUGCAUGAGGCAAAAAACUCAGUAAAUUGUACCCGCACACGGUGAGCUAUCGGCUGAGCUAACAGGCACGAGUAACUUUUUGCUCAGCAGAUAGCUCUCGUGUGCGGCAGGCUUUACUCUCAAGAUAAAAAACUAGCGUGACCCCUCUCUUGACGUAACAUGCAUAUCCUCAAUAAUCCAAGAUGGCGAACAGCUCACUUUUUUCAGUCGAAAUAUUUUGAAAACUAAGCAUGAUAUAAACACUCUGUAAUAGAGUUUAAUAUAUAGUUUUAAGAGUUCUUUCAAAUGAACUAUAAACUAUUUUUAUUGCCAAUGUCCUUUAAAGUACUAAGUAUGCAUGCUACUUCUGCUGAAUUGAAAUAAUUUCAUCCAAUAUGCUCUUUCCAUGAUGAAAUGAGCCAUCGAAAACACAUGAUUUUUCCAAUAGAGACACCAUAAUAAAAACGAAAGUUAUAAAUAUCGAAAAUCAACUUAAUUUUUGUAUUUUCUAUUUUAGGUUAAAUUUUCCAGAUUUUUCGGGGACAUUAUUUACAGUGGUUCCCGUUCCAGAACGACCAAACCGAGGCUUCUUUGCAACGCUUCUUAAUCUAGGACCGUCUGAUUUGGACAGAGAAAGACUAUGUAAGUAUAGUAUUGUAUUGAUCACGGGUCGAAAAAGUAUCUAAACAGAUGCAAGACCUUAUUUUUCUGUGUUCGUGUUAUGUACUCAGGUGAAUAUGAUGUUUGUGAUGUUACUCUGAGUGUAUAUUCACACCGGGCAGGGUUUGAAAAAUAUAUCUGGCCACGGUGGGAAUCGAACCUACGACCUUUGGAACACUAGCCCAAUGCUCUGCCAACUGAGCUACGCGGUCAGGUCGGUUCGAGUAUGUGAUAUUUCGGAACUGAGUCUAGUUCCUUCGUUCCGAAAUAUCACAUAUCACUCAGUUCCAAGUGAUAUAAUAAAUAUCACUCAGUUUCGAAAUAUCACAUACUCGAACCGACCUGACCGCGUAGCUCAGUUGGCAGAGCAUUGGGCUAGCAUUCCAAAGGUCAUAGGUUCGAUUCCCACCGUGGCCAGGCAUGUUUUUCAAGCCUGCCCGGUGUGGAUAUACACUCAGAGUAACAUCACAAAGAUCAUGCUGGACCAUUGGUCUAAGAAAAUGUUUGAGUCCUCGGAAAAUAUUUCCCCAAGAACUGGAGAAAGAGAAUUGUAAUAUGAGAGAUAAAAGGAGAAAUUCCUAAGAAAAUUUUAAUCAAUUUCAAGAUCAGUGAUCUCAAUAUUUUUAACAUUUUUUAACAUUCUUAAUGUAGUUAAAAACAUUGAGUUCACCGAUCUUGAAUUAUGCUUAAUUGAUUUUCCUAGUUAGUUUUUUCAAUGGGCAAUUCCAUGAGCUAUAGACUAAAUUUUGAUCUUGGCAAGAAGAACAAAAUCCAUCACCACAGCUAGAAAGAGCAUGUUAAAAUUAGUAAAAUUGCAAAGUUUGCUUGCGAAAUGUUGUAAAAUGUGGAAAAUAUAUAUAACCAUGCGAAAUUUGCAAAUUUUGUAUUACAGUGAAAAUACAAAAAGUGUCCCACUUCCGCUUCUGUAGUUUGUUGUGAUUUACUGUAAUUUGUUCUGUUUUUCUGUAGCGAUUACCGAUUUAUGGACAAAUACUGCGAUAAAACUUAGUUUUUUUUCUAUUUUUAAAUAUGGUAAGUUGUAGCAAAGGGAAAUAAUACAUUUUUCGUUAGUUUCAUUGCAUAAAAGGAACGGAAUUUAAAUUUUAUCGCAGUAUUUGCCGAUAAAUGGUACUCGCUACAGAAAAACAGAACAAAUUACAGUAAAUCACAACAAACUACAGAAGCGGAAGUGGGACACUUUUUGUAUUUUCACUGUAAUUUGUAUUACGCACGAGAAUUUGCACCACUUUUGGCCUAAAUGUGGUGCAUUUUCCCGCGCGUAAUACAAAUCAAUACAAAAUUUGCAAAUUUCGCUUGGUUAUAUUUUCCGCAUUUCACAACAUUUUGCAACGAAACUUUGCAAUUUUACUAAUUUUAACAUGCUCUUUCUAGCUGUGGUGAUGGAUUUUGUUCUUCUUGCCUAGAUCAAAAUUUAGUCUACAGCUGGAAUUGCCCAUUAAAAGGUUUGUAAUGUGCCACCAUCAUUCGAAAGGCUGAACUGUGCCUUUAAAAUAUCUGCUCAUUAUAAAUACUCUGGCUUCAAAAUUAUUUCCCUGAAUUCGAAAGAUUGCUCCGCGCAGCAGGGCAUUAAAUCCAUCUAUGGCAAGAAGCUUUAGGUAUAGUGGAGCUGUACUAUGGAAUAGUCUUUCUGCUGAGGCUAAGUCUGCGCAUUCGAUUUAUUGUUUCAAAAGACUUAUUUGAAUCUUGUUUUUAAUUGUUAUUCCAUUUGUAACUACACAUUAUGUUCUGGGUAAUAUUCUUUUUGGGUCUGUGGCUCAAUUAGUUUUUUCUUCAUUUUUAUAUACUUGUAAAUAGCUAAAUAGACGCCCCUCAUGAAAACCAGCCGUAUAGCUGAUGAGGACAGCGCUCCUAAAGAAAUUAAAUACAUACAUACAUUACAGGUAAACUACGUGAAGCGUUCCUCUUUUGACUUCGUAACUCAUUUGGAAUUUUCCUCAUUAGCUUUGCAAAUUUGAAAAACUCUUUGCAAAUCCCUUCAGGGAAUUUGCAAUGUUCCUAUCGGCUGUUGCAAUAUUCCAAACUUCAUUUUAAAUUUUCCUAACUUCCUGUUUUAAUUUCCUAACUUCCUGUUCUGUUCUGAGCGUUGGUAUUGGUCGAUUAUUUUUGUUAGCCAAUUGCAACGCCCAGAACAGAACAGGAAGUUAGGAACUUGCAACAGGAAGUUAAGAACUUCAAACAGGAACGGAGGAAAAUUUUUUUGGCUUUUAGCAACAUUGCAAAUUCCCUCAAGGGAUUUGCAAGGGAGUUUUUUAAAUUGCAAAAGUAAUGAGGAAAAUUGCAAUCAAUUUAGAAACACAAAAGAGGAACGCUUCACGUAGUUUACCUGUAAAUACAUACAUCUAUGGCAUCUAUCUAUCAUUAUUAUUUGACUUUCUUUCCAGUUGGCACUGAAAGUGGCAAAGCAUCUCAGUCUCUAGCGACUCGCGUCCCAGGGAGAGGAACGGAGGAUAUCCAAGCACGCUCUGGCGGUAUCGCCGAUGUAAUGUCCAAAAAUAUGGAGGUAGGACAUUAAUUGAAUCAAGUUCGCUGAUCAAUUUUAAUUCGGCCAGAUUUAGGGACUUGGCUAUUUGCCCAUUGAGCGCCAGCAUUCGCCUCUUGACUGUACAGUGAAAUCGUCUGGCGUUAGAAGGAAAUUACAAAGUAGGGCGCAUCAUGGCACAAUGCAACAUCAAGGACAUAUAGCCUGUAUUCUAAAAGCUCACACUCGAUGAGUGGAGGUUCAAUCUGAGCUUCUCUUGAGUGUCAAUGCUGUUUUUGAAUAGCUGGAGGGUGAGUAGUCACAUAGUAAGGUACGAUCAUAGAUAUCUUAUAUAGACUAGAUAGCGCAUCUCUUUUAGUAAAAUUGAAGCCAAGAAUAUUCCAGCGGUUACCCCCAUUUGAAUAGAUGGCGGCCAUGUUGGUAGUUCUCACUCGCUAAUAAACGCUUAAAAAACAACAAUAACUUUCAUCAUUUGAAUAGUUUAAAAAUGUAUUUGGAAUAGGUUUACCUUAAUAUUUAAGUUCCGUGUUUAAGAAAUAGAAAACAUACGAAUCUUCUCAUUUCAUGGGAAUAUCCUGAGUCUGCAAUCACGGCUUCAAUUUUUGAAUUGCAGAAUAAUUAGAUGCACUAUCUAGUGUAUAUAAGAUAUCUAUGGGUACGAUACUAACCCUCCAGCUAUUGAAAACAGCAAUGACACUCGAGAGAAGCUCAGAUUAAACUUCCACUCAUUGAGUGUGAGUGAGCUUUUAAAAAACAGGCGUAUAUAUGACUCGAAAAUUGACAGUGUUAUUUUUUUUGCCUAAUGUGAAGGAUUGAAAAGUGUAGGGUAACUUCUCUGAUAGAUUUUUGUUUUCUUGCUUCGUUUUGAAGAUAUUUCAUCUUGUAUGAUAUGCAAAAGACCAACUUCCUACGUCACACCUGCAUAAUGACUUACUUUAAAUGUUAUAUAAUUUUGUCGUUAUCAAAUGAAUUCGCUCAAAAUGAAUGACGAGCGCGAGAUAUGUCCACAACAACACCCAUGUAUUAUUGAAUGGGGGUGGGAUGCCAACAAAAUCUUGAUAUUUACCCAUAACCUACACAUGGCGAUACCCUGGUAUAUAUCGAAGCCAAAAUAUAUUUGGAGUGUUCUGUGAUGGAACCAUUCAAGAAAAUCACAACGGGAUCCCAAUCUUGCCUCAGCCAGUAAACGUUCCAUCAUCAGGGACGUCGUGAAGCCAUCAACAUUUGGGGGUGUCGUCUGUGUUUGACCAACAUUUCCUAGGAUUUUGACCAAGUCGUACAAAUUUUUCCCGAAAAUGUUGUCGACGGGGGUCAAAACAAUUUUCCGGACUAACAUAAGCAUAGUCAAAAAAAAUUUUCCCGCUAACAUAAGCAUAUUCAAAAUUUUUCAACCAAGAUAAGCAAGGCUUCAAGAUUUUUACACCGCAAACAUAACAUAAGCUUUAAAAUUAUUAAAAUUGCCAACCAUUUCAUAACUUUGCAAUUGAGCAACUUCGACAAUCUUUUAUCCCAAACUUUGACCAAACUUUUCCGAGUUUUACCUUCCGAGUUUCACGAAAUAUCAGUUUCAUUUUGACCGACUUUGCGCAAAUACCAGUUCCAUUUUGACCAACUUUGACCAACGUUUGAAUUAUUGGGGAGGGGGUGGGGGUGUCCCUGCCCGUCACAUAAACCACACUCCUAAUUUCUGACAUGACGUUUUUACUUUAUAUUCUCCAGAGCCUCAAUGAGCGCGGUGAAAAGUUGGGAGAGCUGGAAGACAGGACGCGACAAAUGAGAGAUCAGGCAGAACAAUAUUCAAGGAAUGCUCACGCGCUCGCCCAAAGAUUCAAAGAUAAAAAGUGGUAUCAAUUAUAAUUGUAGCGAAUUGUCGGCCAUGUGCGCCGAAACGAUAAAAAUCGUCAAAGCGCGCUUUCGUUGGCAUGUAUUACAGUAAAAUCCCGCAUUAGAGAAGCGCUGUUUUUAUGCCAGGUUAAAGUGGUUCUUAUACAGGGUGUAUAAAAAUAAGGCAAUUCAACUUACGCAUGCUAUAUCGUGCACUAAUAUUACGUUUAACAAUUUACUCUUUUCAUACCAAUAAAGUGAUUUUUCAUAUCUUGCUUAGUUCUUGAAAUAUUUGCACUUGAAGUAAUGAGAUGUCUUCCAUCUUGGAUACAUUUUUGAUCUCAUUAACGGUAGUUUUGGUGACGUCACAACAUGGAUUAACCAUAUAAAAGUAUUCGUUGCUGAGCAAAUAUUGAUUGCUAGAUGUUUUAAAGGUUUUGAGUGCUCUUGAUAUUUCGAAGGGCAGACAGAGUAUAGUUUUGAGUGCAAAAUGAUUAGUGUUUGUCUAGAUAAAAAUAUUGCGUGACCUCUGUUGUGACGUAACAUGUAUAUCUACAAAAAUUCAAGAUGGCGGACAUUUUAUUCCUUUCCAUCAAAAUAUUUGCGGAAGUAAGCAAGAUAUGAAAAAACGGUAAAAGAGUAUUAUAUAUAUAGUCUUACAGUUGAUUUCACGAAACUUUGGCCGCGCCAGUUGCGAGGUUGGUUGGGAAUUUGGGACUAUAAACACGAGAUCGUCAAGUUGAUUGGAAACUGGCCAAUCAAAUUCGGAAGUUUCGCAUCAAAUUAUCAAAAUUCGUUACGAAAUUCCGAACCAAAUUCGCAAGCAAGUUCGCAAAUUGCAAACGAUUUUGGAAGUAAAUUUUAAAAACUAAACUUUAUUAAACUAUUAUAAUGUUAAACCUGAAAUUAUAUUAUUGUUAUGAUAUUAUUUAUUGUUAAAUGAAUAAGUUUAAUAAAAUAAGUUUAGGUUUUAAAAUUUACCGCCAAAAUCGUUUGCAAUUUGCGAACUUGCUUGCGAACUUGGUUAGGAAUUUCAUAACGAAUUUCGAUAAUUUGAUGCGAAACGUCCGAAUUUGAUUGGCCGGUUUCUAAUCAACUUGAUGAUCUCGUGUUUAUAGUUCCCAAAUUCCCAACCAACCUCGCAAUUGGCGUGGCCAAAGUUUCGUGAAAUCAACUGUAAAAGUUCUUUCAAAUGAGAAAAUAAAACAAAUAUAUUGCCAUUUCCCUUUGAGGUACUUUCCUAUGAUUUCCUUGGCCUUGUCUAUUAUUUUUAGACAGCCUGAAUCUGUAUCAAAUACGAAAACAGAAAAGCUAUAAACGUAAUAAUUAAGACACGAUAGCCUCUCAAUUUUGCAUGGAUUAGCUUUUUUAACACCCUGUAUAAUGAUUCUCUUCAGAAAUGAGCCCAGUUUGCCACGACGCUCGCCUGAGCGACAAGAAUUAUUUUAGCUGUCUUCAUAUGUUUUUAUCCACCUAUUAUUAUAUGGCAAGCAUCACUUCCGGUGAAAUGGCGAACUGUGAUUGGCUGAGAAGCACUCUCAGCUGUCCAUUAUUUCCCCGUAAUGGAUCGGCGGCCAUUACGUAAACACAAACGCAUGCAUUUUAAAACAAAACAGCAAAACUAUUAGAAAAUUUGAAAAUUAUAAUUUAAUUUGUUAUUAGUAAGAUAUUUGCGAAUGGUUUUUAGUGGAAAAAAAGGCAUACAUUGGUAUUUUUUUGGUUUUCUUCGACCAAAUGUGUACCACGCUAAUAAUAUGCAUUUCAAAUCAUGCAUUUCUCGUUUCUUUCAAGUAUAAAUGCCUAUAAAUGCCAUAUAAUAAACUUUUUAUUAACCUCGCUUGCUCGGUAUGUACAGAGAAGUAUCGGACUUCGGUCUUUUUGUACAAACCUUGCCCUACGGGUUCGGUCUGUACAGAAAAGACCUCGGUCCUAUAGUUCUCUGUACAGACCUCGCGUUCUGUUAAUAUGAAGUUAAUAAUCCAGCCUCGGUUAGACGACAUUAUGUAAACAUUUUUUGUUGUAAUUAAACAAUCUACAGCUUGUUUUACAAGUUUAAUCGUGUCUGUUUAGUUCUAUUAAUGUUUAUUUUUUGUUUGUA